AUGUCUGCACUACCUCUCCUCAAGGGCAAGAUGAUGUUUGCUUCCCUGGUGCUGCUGUUUGCUGCCCUCCCUUUAGCAAAAGGCAGCCCUGUGCCACACGCAUCCGGCCGUGACAAAGUCCUCCUGGUGUCCUUCGAUGGCUUUCGGUGGGACUACGACCAGGACGUGGACACCCCCAACCUGGAUGCGAUGGCUGCAGAGGGGGUGAAGGCACGGUACAUGACCCCCGCCUUCAUCACCCUCACCAGCCCGUGCCACUUCACUCUGCUGACCGGGAAAUACCUGGAGAAUCAUGGCGUCGUCCACAACAUGUGGUUCAACACCAGCACUGGGGUGAAGCUGCCCUACUACACCACGCAGGGCAUCGACAGCUGGUGGGACAACGGCAGCCUGCCCAUCUGGAUCACGGCACAGAGGCAGGGUUUAAAGACAGGCUCCAUCCAUUUCCCUGGGACAAAAGCAAAAUAUCAAGGAGAAGAAGUGAGCCUGAAGCUGGUGGAGCCUCCCCUGUUCAACUACAGCAACGAAACCGUUUGGAGACAGAACAUUGACACUGCCAUGGAAUGGUUUACAGUGAACAACCUCGACUUCAUCACUCUCUACUUUGGUGAGCCAGACUCAACAGGACACAAAUACGGCCCCGAAUCCACGCAGAGGAGAAACAUGGUCAGCCAGGUGGACCAAACCAUCGGCUACUUAAGGCAGAGGAUCAGGGAAAGCGGCUUGGAAUCAAACCUCAACCUCAUCAUCACAUCUGACCACGGCAUGGAGACGGUCAUAAAGAGCGACGAGAUCCACCUCCGGAAUGUCGAGAACUUCACAUUCAGUGACAUCCAGUUUGAACUCUUAGAUUACGGACCCAACGGGCUGCUGAUACCAAAAGAAGGGAAAUUAGAGCACGUGUAUUCAGUCCUGAAAAAUGCCCACCCAAAGUUACACGUGUACAAAAAAGAAGAGUUUCCAAAGAGAUUCCACUAUGCCAACCAUCCCCGGAUCACCCCACUCUUGAUGUACAGUGAUCCAGGAUAUGUGAUCCAUGGGAGAUACAAGGUGCAGUUCAACACGGGAGAGCACGGCUUUGACAACGAAGCCAUGAACAUGAAAACCAUCUUCCGCGCCGUGGGGCCAGCCUUCAAGCAGGGGCUCAUAGCGGAGCCGUUCGAAAGCGUCAACGUCUACGCUCUGCUCUGCGAGCUGUUGGGCAUCGCGCCGGAACCUCACGACGGUUCUCUGGACGCCACGAGGUCGAUGCUGCGUUCCAGCGCUCCUCUCCUUGCUGCAACAAAGCUGCCAGUGAUGCUGGGAAUCGCUCUCAUCUUGAGCUGCUGGGGAGGAGCAUACUAA